UUUGACAUUAGCCCUCUUGUCGAGGGGGCUGCAGCAAGACCGCGCUCCUGACGCGAGAGGAGGCUCGGCGCGUGGUGUCACCGUGGGAACUGGGAGACUGACAAGCGGACAGGGGAGGGGCGCGCGCCACUGUGAAGUGGACUCUCUCUCUCUGUCACAUAGGUUACCCGUUCACUCCAGAGUCAGACACUGUAUGUACUCUCAUUCAGCUCUAUAAAGGAACGAUAUCAGGUAGCGCAUGGUGAUCAUAAACGCUGAGACUGAGGACAGUGCAGAUGAUUAUGACGAUGAUGGAGGGGCAGUGCAGUCGCUGUAAGAUCGUGGUGGUCGGGGACACUCAGUGUGGAAAAACGACGCUGUUGCAUGUGUUCGCCAAGGACAACUACCCAGAGAGUUAUGUGCCCACUGUGUUUGAGAACUACACUGCCAGCUUCGAGAUUGAUAAACAUCGCAUUGAGCUGAACAUGUGGGAUACAUCAGGGUCCUCGUAUUAUGAUAAUGUGCGACCCCUGGCAUAUCCAGACUGCGAUGCUGUGCUCAUCUGUUUUGAUAUCAGCAGGCCAGAAACUCUGGACAGCAUCCCUAAAAAGUGGCAGCUCGAAGCUCAGGAAUACUGUCCCAGUGCAAAGUUGGUGUUGGUCGGCUGUAAACUCGACAUGAGGACAGACGUCAACACCUUACGAGAACUGUCCAAACAGCGGCUCAUACCUGUCACACAUGAACAGGGGAGUCUACGAGCUCGUGAGCUGGGCGCUGUCGCGUACGUCGAAUGCUCUUCUCGCAUGUGCGUGAACAGCGUGCGAGACGUCUUUCACAUCACCACUCUUGUGUCCGUCAGACGUGGCCCCGCCCCUAGCCUCAAAAGAAGCUCCUCACGCCGCACUCUCAAACGAAUGUCUAAUCAGCCUCUACUGCCGGUCAGCUCACAAGCCACGCCCCUCGAACCCGCCCCAACCCUGAGAGAGGACAGAGCAAAGAGCUGCACAAUCAUGUAGCCCAAAACACGCACCAAAGCGCACACCUGGACAUGCACACUCAGUCACAGUGGUGCGUAUGAACUAAGACAUGUGCAAUGUAUUGUGUGUUUAUGGGACACUGAGGGUCAUAUGUGACCCACAGGACUGUACAGGUGUGAUAUACAUUAUAAAGAGGAGUUCUAUUUAUUAACUGUAUCUUCUUGGCCUUUAUUUUUAUCAUUGUGGUGUUACGUAGCAGACUUCAAAGCAAAGAGAAUCAAAAUAAUAAAAAAAGAUUUGGAAUUUUGUUGCCUGGACAGCUUUUGUUUUGAUAGUUACAAAAGUACUGUGGUCCACAGCUAUAAGAUAAGGCUAAUGAAAAUCAGCAAUUCUGCGUUGGUGUUUAACAUGUUUUUUACGUUGGUGUUUGAAAAUCUCCAGAGUAAUUUUUGUGGACCGUUUUUAAUACUGUCACUGUUUUAUUUUCUCUAUUGGGACACACCUCUCUAGAGAUCACAGAUCUGUCACAAGCGCAUUUGCGUGGAACUAAAUCACUGGAAUCCUGAGAAUCUUUUCCCAGCAUUAGCAAUGAUGAGCAUUAGCGUCACAAAACAAAGACAUCUGACAUGUUCACUCUUUUUAGAACAAUCAGUCAUGCUUUGGGACAUCACAAAGACAUCAUUCACACUAUAGAGGAACGCCAUUGCGAAUGGUAGACACUUGUGAGCGGGCGUCACACAUUGCCAUUAGUAUGUACAUAAAGGAACUGUUCACACAAAAAAGUCUUCAUUUACUCAUCCUCAA